GAAAAUAACAAAUGACACCGAAGUUGCAAAUUAGCAAUAACCAAUGAAGGUGUUGGUGGUGUUAUCCGCCCUUGUAGCGUUGUGUGCUGGAAGUGCUGUUCCUCUGGUGCCAGGGGAUAACAGCCACUAUGUCGAGGGCGAAAGCCGUUUUAUCUGGAUGCCUGAUGGCGAAGGGGUACCCCAUCUAGUAGACCUGCAGGAACCAGUUGAUGAAGAUUUCUUGCGCAACAGAAAUGGUGCCAACAAUCAGUACUGGCUCUACACCAGAUGGAAUCCCACCAACCCGCAAGUAAUUGUUCAUGGUAAUGCUAACACUAUUUGGUCUUCCAACUACGUCGCCAGUCGCCCGCUGAAGGUUAUCGUCCAUGGCUGGAACAGUGACGGAAACAGUGCCAUCAACCCUUUAGUCAGAGAUGCUUUCUUGGCCGUUUCUGAUGCCAACGUCAUCGUUGUGGACUGGCGUUCUCUGGCCAACGGUCUCUACGCCACUGCCGUCGCUGGUGUUCCCAGUGUUGGACAGUUCCUGGGAAAUUUCUUGGUGUGGCUGAUCAAUACCGCUGGUGGAAACUGGAACAAUGUCCACCUGGUCGGAUUCAGUCUGGGAGCUCACGUCGUCGGCACCGCUGGCCGCACGGCAGGCGGGUGGCCUGUCCGAGUGACUGGCCUAGACCCUGCUGGUCCACUGUGGAGUGGAAACGGUAACGCCAUAAAUGGCAACGCUGGCACCUACGUUGAAUGUAUUCACACCGACGGAGGUCUCCUCGGCAUCUUCAACCCCAGCGGCAACGCUGAUUUCUACCCCAACGGUGGCAGAAACCCCCAGCCCGGCUGCUGGCUUAGUACCUGCUCCCACAGCCGUGCCUACGAGCUGUUCGCCGCCACUGUCCAUCACAACCAUCUGAACGGACGUCUAUGCGGCAAUAUCAACCAAGCUCAAAAUAACCAGUGCACGGGAGGCACCUUACUAAUGGGCAACGGCAAUCUUGCAAAACGAGGAAAUGGAAUUUACGGAUUAACGACCGGCGCCUCUUGGCCUUACUAAGGAUCUUGAUCUAACAAUCACAUCAAUAAAUAUUUUUCUCUAAAA